AUGGAAGCACUACUAGAUAAGCACAAGAAUAAGGAAAUUUCAAAACCUCUUAUCCCAACUGGUUCUUUUAACCUCUCUUUCCCUCUUGACCUCCGUUCCAUUCUCCGCGAAGGCCUCCCAGUCGGCCAUCACUUCCCUAGUUGGCGCUUCUCUUCCGAACAACAACUUCGCAUCCUCAUCGACCUUCCGCGAUUAAACCUUCUCAGGAACAUUUCGACAAACAGCUUCUGGGUGGACUUUUGGGGGGACAAACUCGAAAGCAUUGAACAAGCUGUGAAGAAAGCCAAGCUUUUUAUUGAUAAAGCGCAUCUUCUUGUUCCUGUAUAUAGAAAUUGUUACAUUCCUUCUACACCGAACGUUGCCGGGAAUCCGGUGUUUUAUAUCGAUGACCGGGAAGUGCAUGUUAUAAGCUAUGAGGUGAAUUCUGGACUGAGGUGGCUGAGCACAAUUGUAGAGUGGUGGCGCAUGGGGAGACGCACGGGUGGUGGCUUCGUCGAAGACUUCGUCGGGGAGUGAUGGGUAUGGUGGUGUAAGGGAAGAUGGAGAGUGAAGGGAAGAAGGAGAAAGAGGGAUGGAGGGAAAUGGUAGGAAAUGGUAUGUGGUAGGGUCAGUGGGGUGUUAUCAGAUAGAAGUUUUUUUUGUAAAAUUGGGGUG